GCUAGCAAGCUACCGGUAAAUCGAACUGUAAAUACCACCAUCAAGUAACUUGGCUGAUGGAACGUCUUUUAGGUCAUAGCCUUUCAAUACUCUGUCUCAAGUGUAAUUUUAACUGAUCGUCUAAACUUGUAGAUCUUAGCCCCUUCCAGCAAGCCUCCUGUUAAAUCUCAAUACCAGUUUGGAAUUUGUGUGGAUCACAGUCUUGAAGUAAGACUAAAUGGCUAGCCCACGGACCAGAAGAGUGCUGAAGGAAGUAAGAACCCAGGAUGAGAACAAUGUUUGUUUCGAGUGUGGAGCAUUCAACCCCCAGUGGGUGAGUGUGACUUAUGGGAUAUGGAUUUGUCUGGAGUGCUCUGGCAAACAUAGAGGCCUGGGAGUCCAUCUGAGCUUUGUGCGAUCUGUUUCAAUGGACAAGUGGAAGGAUAUAGAGCUGGAGAAGAUGAAGGCUGGAGGAAAUGGAAAGUUCAGGCUGUUCCUGGAGCUACAGGACGAUUACGACCCCAACUGGACCCUGCAAGAGAAAUACAACAGCAGAGCGGCUGCUCUCUUUAGGGACAAGGUAUCAACUCUGGCUGAAGGGAAAGAAUGGUCCAUUGAAAAUUCACCCGCCAAGGACUGGACUCCUCCUCAGCCCAAGACAGGCUUGUCUUCUUCUCACCGGAGUGUUGCUGGUCCAGGGCAGAAUUCCUCCCACUCCUCAGACAAGGCCUUUGAAGACUGGCUCAGUGACGAUGUUAACUCCUACCAAAGUGGAGGCGGCUAUAGCAGUCAGGAUAAUCGCUAUGUCGGCUUCGGCAACACUCCCAACCCUCCGAAAAAAGAGGACGAUUUCCUGAACAAUGCCAUGUCUUCCAUAUAUUCGGGCUGGAACAGUUUCACGGUUGGAGCAAGCAAAUUUGCUUCUGUGGCAAAAGACAACACGGCAAAACUUGCCAGCCAAGCAAGCAUGAAGGCUGCAGAGUUAGGCCAGACAGUAAAUGAGAAUAUAAUCAAACCUACCCAAGAAAAGGUUAAAGAAGGAAAAUUACUGGAUGAAAUGGCCGUCGGCAUCACGGGGUUAGCUGUCAAGGUCCAGGGCGCUGGCGCUAAGGGAUGGAAGGACAUGACUUCUUUCUUAAGUGGGAAAACCGAGGACUCUGCUGACAGGUUGCCGACUGGAGAAGGCUAUCAGAAUAUGGAUCCAUCUGAGGGUUACCAGAGCAGCGCUGGGGCGACUCAGGACGGCUGGGAGACCUUCGGCAGCGACUCCAAACCCAAGAAGUCACCCAGCAGUGAUAGCUGGACCAUUGCUGACAACUCUGCUGAAAAGAAGAGCUCAGACAGCUGGGACAACUGGGGUUCGGAGGCCCAGUCCAACAACAAACACAGCACUGGUGAUAGCUGGGAAGCCUGGGACAACAACUGGGAGAACGUCGGCGAGAGCAAGACCAAGAAGAGCCCCGUGAAGCCUGUGGAAGAGUCCUGGGAUAAUGCUGACUGGUAGAGAUGGGCUCAUUGUCGUUAAUGUAUCACGAACUACCUGAUUCCUGAGUAUGAAAAUUCCCUUUCCACCUAUGGCUGGGUGUAUUCAGAUAUAUAUAUGUUUUUUUUCCCUUUUCGUCUUCUGUCCAAUGUGUUAUGGAGUGUUUUGUUUUGUUCUAGAAGAAUUACAGAAGUUCCUAUGCUGA